AGGACCUCCUUUUACCCCCACACCGGAACAAUUACAAGUCACUUCGCUCGACGCAUGUUUCCCCGACGCAAUGAAGUUCGAUUGUAUUUUUCGAUUGGUUUGGCGUAUCCAUUGCGCUAAGACUAAAGCUGCCGCAACUUAUACCCUGAAUACUCUACCUGAUCAAUAUGUUGACAUUUGACAAUUAUGACCAUGAAUUUGAGGAUUCGCCUUUUGUGCUCGCGACCACGCUCUCCUUCUUCAUUUUGCAGCCAUCCGUUCGGAGCAACUCCCACUUGCUCAUGCGAAAAGUCACGCCGGACCCGGAGCCAGACUCUGACAAAACGAAGGUAAUCAAGAAAGAGAAACGCCAAAGAAAGUUGCAUGGACCGGUCCGAUCCGUUUGGUCAACCCGGGAUAAAACGGCUGCGAGGUAGGAUUUGAUUGACGUUGACGAACGCGGCGAUGGUGAUUUGAAAACUUUUCCUGUUUGAGCACCAUGGAGAAAAAUUUUCUUCCUGAAGACGGAAAAGAAGCCAGAGGACUAAUUGAGACAUCAGCUUUGGUUCUGCCGGCUGCGCCGCGAUGGGUGACAAAAGAGGAGAGGUUCGCCCUCAUCCUGUCUCUCGUCUCACCCUUCCUCACGUUUCGCGAGUUGGUCCGGAUUUGGGAGAGUUUGCAGCUCCAGGAUGAGGACCUCUUGGACGAGUACAUUCUGCGGCAGGGCCACGACAAGGCGUUCCUGCACGAUGUGGCGGCGGCGAAGAGCAGCGUGCGGUACCAGCGUCUGCUGUCUUUCUACAAGCGAAAGCAUCCGAACGUGUGUGCGCAGCACCUGAUUGGCCUGCGGUUUACGCCAGACCGGAUCCUCGAUAGGGUUUUUCGCGAGGACGACGUGGAGCAUCUGCAGGAGGUGAUUUGUGACUAUUGGACCACCACGAGUUCCACGACCACCUUCGAGCUGUCCGCCAGCCAAGUGGUCACUGCCUGUAGUCACCACGCGCGCAAAUGUCUCGAGUUCCUCCUGUCACUGACAACGCGGCCACCAGCGAGUGUGGCAGCCGCUUUGUCGUCGACUUCGUCGAAGAGCCAUCAGGCAGGACGCGGAGAAGUGCAGGAAAACAGUCAGCAGGGCGACCAUGAUGGUUUCAGGAACGGAAAUACUAACACGAAUAAACAGAAAGCAAGCGGAGCGGAUAGUACCGGAGCAGCAAUCUUGUUUCUCUCUACACAAAUCGAGCAGUACCGUCAGAAAAACUAUCGUGUGGAAAUUCUGUGGCGAGGAUGGCCGCAGGGAAAGAUUCCACUAAAGGGUCCGCCAGUGACGGGCUGUGUAUUUCUCAAGAACAGAGGUGGAAAGAGUAACGGUCCCGGUUCAGGAGUCUUGCAAUCACCGAGCGGUGGCUCCCCCACAGCGAUGAACAGCAAGGACAAGCAGCAGCACGGUGCAAGCGGCGUUCGAGGGCUGCGCCAGCGUCGCAAUUCCGCGCCAGAAAUGGUAGGAGGGGCCACGGGUGGCGACGGAGCAAUAUCUCACGAGACGGCCCCCGCUGGCACGCAAGGCAGUAUCAAUUCGCCUAUUAAUCACGCAGCGGCGGCGGUAGUAGGUGAGCAAGUUCUUUCUAUAUCGGAAAAAGAAACAAAUCAUGAUGAUCAACAGCGCCAGAUCGUAAAUGAGGAGCCGCAUCUUGCGAGCUAUAAGGAGCGGCAGCGGCGCCUGAUGGUGAAGCAUUCGCCACGAUCCGAGUCCGAGAGGCAAAGGAGCGCCAAAGUGGAACUACAACGGUACUGCGCAGCGCCGGGAGUGACGCCAGGAGGCGUUGUCCCGCUUAUUUUUGCACCCACAAGCGCAUCAUCGACUUCAUCAGCACUCCGUCGACGACCUCGGCCCCUUACGGCGCCCGCUCCAUUUGCAGUCGUGGAGGAAGACGAAGAAGGAGGUGGCACCUACGUUAGUGCGUUUGCCAAACAGAAAGCUCUCAAGGCCGAGCCCGCUUCUGUUGACGGACCACAGCCUCAGCCACAGAAAGCGCAGGUACUAAACGCAGCGGUGGGGCUACACUCUCAUUCCUCGACGCUGUCGCCGAGCAAGAAAUCGAGUAAGACCAAAGCCCCCCCGCCGCCACCUACCUUUGGCCAGCCUUCGACUACCACAGACCCAAAAGACAUCUCAGAGCUGAACGUAGAGAUCAAUAGCAUCGCCGUGGAGGUCGACGCCGUGGACCCGGGAAUUCUGAUUCUCGAACUCUACCGCCGUUCCGAGCAAGACCAGACGCGUCGUCUGCGCCCACUCUUGGAAGAAAGGCUUUUGGAGCGCUACUUUUUUUCAAACUUCCGACCCUUCUGGAAUCCCAUCGUUCAAGUGUGUUUCUACGCGGCCGCGUGCGUCUUCGCAGAUGCAGGCUUGUUCGCCAAGCUGGCUGGAAAACUGGCGCAAGCGAACGCCACCGUCCCGUUUCCGCACCAGGUGUCCUUUACGUACGCGAGCGAGAAAUUUCAGGACUGGCCCCUUCCAGUGCUCGUGUGUCGGUUCUCGCGGGACUGGAAAAACAUACGCGACUGUCUGCGUUUCUUCGCGAACAUGCAAAUAGCCGAGGUGGACGAGAAUCAAGGCAGGGAUGGUCCUGGUCGUGGAACGUCGAGCAGCGCUGGCACGACGAACAGGCGCCCACCCGCACCCGAGUGCUGGUCACGGCAACUGCGUGGUAUCUCUCUGCGCAGCGUGACGCCGCGCGGUAUUGGGUGUCUGCAAGUUUUGCGCAGUCGCAUGACGAAGCUGAAGGACUUUGACGUGGUGGAGUUGGAGGAAAUUUUUCAGCACGUUUCCGACGUGGAAGAUCAGCACGCGGAGCUGGAUGUCGGCGUCGCAGCUACGCUUUCACAGCAACUCGAGCAGCGAACGAUCGAACUCAUCGCAGAGGAGUCCUUCGCACAGGAGUCGCGGGUGGCGGAAGCGGCCGCGACGGGAGGUGGAAUUUUAGCGACCACUCGGCCACCUCCAGAGCAAGAGUUGGCACAAGCGUUGCAUGGGGACAACAAAGAUUUUCUUGAGCGGUUGAUGCAGGCGCCGGUGGUGCUGGACAGUCGCGUUACGACGGUAGAGUACUUCCGCAACGUGCUUGAUCACGGGUUCCAGCUCAAGUCUGCAGACUUUGAGACUGCAAUGACUCAAGGACGGUUCGACUUGCUAGAAUUCUUCAAAGACUACCUCAUCUCACAAGACCGUGAGGAGGACUAUCGAAAACACAUGAAAACUGUGCACGCGAAGUUGCGAACCGCAAGAGCAUGAGCGACCCAUUUACGAUUCCGCUGCGGCAACUGCGAGGAUAUCUUCCGAGUGGUCUGCGGAUGAAUGCACCACAUCAUGCUGCUUCCCAUUUCAGAUUUGAUCAUGGAAGGGCUGUUUAUGUUCUUGGUUUGUCCUCAGGGUCAGGACUAUUAGCAGCUCCAGCUGCAGGCAUCGCAUGCAAGUAGAAUUGAUGUCGGGCCUGCUGGUUUUUUCGACUUCUCGAU